AUGGCGCCCGUCGUCGUCCUCAAGAUGGACGUGCACUGCCUCCGCUGCGCCCGCAAGAUCCGCAAGGUCAUCAAGAGCAUCUACGGGGUGGAGGACCUGUGGGUGUCGCUGGAGACGGGGUUCGUGGUCGUCGCCGGGAGCGGCCUCGACGCGUCGCAGCUCAAGUGGCGGAUCCAGUCCAGGACGGGGAAGCACGUCGCCGUGGUGAGCGACGGCACGGAGGACAACCAGCCGCAGAUGGUGCACCUGGGGCCGCCGCAGGGGUACGGGUACGGGUACGGCGGCGGCGCGUCGUGGGUGCCCGCGCCGCACGCGCUCCAUCAGUACGAGGCGGCGCGCCGGCAGCACCUGGCGAACGAGGCGCCGGCGCGCUUCCACGACGACAACCCCAACGGCUGCUGCGUCAUGCAGUGA